GCAAAUUAGUCUCAAAAUGGAUGCGGGGAGACAUAAGUUUCUGUUUCUUUUUUGGAAGCAAAACUUUAUGUUGAGUUAGGAUUACAUUACUCGGUGAAUAUAUAUAUGCUAUUUGUGGCAAAUAUCUGAGUAUAGGCUCAGAAUAUCGAAGUGUGUUCUAAUCGCGACGUUUUUCAUUUUUCGUACUUCUUCCUGGUUGCAACGUAUGUGGAGACUUGACUUUGGCACAACGAUUCGCCAAAUCAUUCAUAUGGAUUGGCGACAUUUUUCUCGGAAUAGACCAAUUAAAAGUAUCGGAAUAUCAACGAUAGACGGAGGUGGUCUGCGAAUGUCAAGAGGAGAAAAAGGGACAAACUGAUUUCAUACGUUUUUUUCAACCAUGGAAAUCGAGAAUGGUGUCGCAAGAGGUGUUUUAUUACCUGUACUACCAGGAUCUGAGCCCUUCGACAACAUUAUUCUGCCUCCACUGCAGAACAUGUACAUGUACGAGGAGUCUAAGCUGUCUUUCAGAUACAACUCUGCUUUCUUGAUAAAGAAUGCAACCCUGCAAGAACGGUAUGAGGCCUUCCGAACUGAAAGGAGAGGCAUGGGAUACUCAGAGGAAGAACUGGAGGAGUCCUAUGGGUUCUUGCUUUUCGACGACGAAAAUAAGGCAAAUAAAGUGGGAGAAACUGGUGUAGUCCCUGGACACAGCACAUGCUCAACGCUUGGAGAUCCUUCAAAGGGUGUGUACGUGUCCAAGUACUCCGACUGCCUGGACCUAAACCGCUGGUAUCACGGGAAGUCUGGAUACAUCGCCAUCAUCAGGCUCACCAAGGGCAGAGUGAGAGAGGUGACAGAGAACUACACAGUAAACUACACCUCUCCCUCUAAUGGGUUUGACUGUCAUGUAUCAGAGCAGCUCAGUGCUGUGUCAGCCAACACCAGCUCCUUCCUGGCCUUCGAGAGAACACAGUACUACAUGUAUGAGCUGCCUGGAGGAAGGGCUGACUCGACAGUCCAGCCUCCCAGCCAUGCCUGCCCAUUCGCUAUAGUGGCUUUCUCCUAUUGGGAUACCAAGACACCCGCAUCAGAGGAGCAGGAGAAAAGUGAGGAAGGAAAAACAGUGUUUCACUACUACCCCUGGAGGGGCCAACUCCAAAUCAGCUCCCAGGUCUACCAUGUGGGUCUGAAGUCCAGCACAGGACCCCUGAUCCCAGCUAAACUUCCAACAGUAAUGGCAGUUGACGGAGCCAUUAAAAUGUCAGAUCUGAGGCAGAAAUUACCGAAGGCUAUAUUUGAAACCUGCUUCAUCGGGGAAGUUUCUCUGGAAGGAAUGGGUUGGAGUCUGUAUGAGCUGGCACCCAGUGAUGCUGAGGACACCUCUCUCUCUCAGCUCACACAGGAGCUCAAGGAGAAAGACCUGGCCCUCACAAUACAACUGAAUGAUAGUGGUUUCCUUAUACUGUUACAUUCAUCUCACUUCCUCACAUAUGAAGAUGCUGGGUCCAAUAAGCCAGAGGUAUUGCAGGGGAUGUUUGUGUUUCCGGAUUCCAGAGCUAUACAGAGAGACACCAAGAUCUGCUCGAAGAAGCCCUCCCUCUCACCAGAGGGCCUUCAGGUGGUGCCUGCACUGAACUACGCAGAGACAGAGGUGGAAAAGUGCCUCCCUGAACAGAGUGGGGAGCUACUUGGUUUACUAGAGCGACAUAUCCAGAGCUAUGCUGCCCUCAUCCACCCUGGGCUUACUAUCAGUCCAUCCAGGGAAGCCAGCAUCUUCCCAGAUCAGUUUGAUGUUCCUGACGCCCUCAAAUACCUCUACUCCACCCCAAAGUGGACUGAAAUGGGAUGGAAAUGUCUCGAGUCUUACUUCCACCAGCCGGGCUCCUUCGAGCUCUCUGUGUCCAGGGCCACGGAGCUCCUGGCGGCUGGGCGAGAGGAGCGAGGGGAUGAGCCAGAUGAUGACGUCUACUACUGUCUGUCAUCUCCAGAGGGCCCCCCCAUGACUCCUGCUAGUUUGGGUGGCCCAGAGGAGGAGCAGUCAGGGGGAGAGUCACCAGGAGACACAGCCACAUAUAUUAGUAAUGCACCUGCAGUGUCUACGGAGGACUUUGAGAAACCUGGUAUGACCAAGGCAGAUGGUAAUGCACCAAAGAAAAGAGUAGAGGAAGGGAAGAACUUGCCUUCAAAGGAGGUGCAAGAGAAGGUGCAACAUGUGCAACCCGAGGAGAUGCAGGGGGAAGUGCCUUCUGAUCUUACCAAGCCCGCAGUCCCUGCAGGGGACUUCGGGAAACCUGUCUUGAAGAAGGCCGACAAUAAUGCACCAGGGACAACUUUGAUUCCAAAAGAGGUGCAGAAGGAGCUUCCCUCUGAUCUUUCCCAGUCUGUUGUGUCGGCAGAUGAUUCUGAGAAACCUGGGAAGAACAAGGCCGACUGUAAUGUACCAGGGGUAGGAGUAGAGGAUGAAGGGACACAUUUGAACCCAGAGGAAGUCCAAGUGCAUGGGCAAAAGGAGGUGAAAGAGAAGAUGCCUUCUGAUCUUUCACAGCCUGCAGUCUCUGCAGAACACUUGAGGAAUACUGGCCCGGCAGCGUUGGGGAAGGCAGACUGUAAAGCACCAGAGGUAGGAGUAGCGAAUGAAGGGACAAACUUGCACCUGAAGGAGGUGCAAAAGGAUAUGCCCUCUGGUCUUACACAGCCUGCAGUCUCUACUGAGGAAUUGAAGAAACCUGGGCCGGCCCUGGCGACCCAGCCCAACAGUAAAGCACUAGAGGCAGGAGUAGAGGAUAAAGGGGGAAAUUUGCCUCAGAAGGAGGUGCAAGAGGAGGUUCCCUGUGAUCUUUCCCAGCUUGCAGUGUCAGCAAAGGCUUUUGCGAUAGCCAGUGUGACAGUGAUGACCAAGGCCACAGAGGUGACAGAGGUUUCAACCUCACCUGCAUCAGGUGACCUCCCAACAGUGCUAGUCAUCACUGCCACUGAAAGAACUGCAGCCGUUGUACCUCAUAAUGAGAACCUUGGCUUGAUCAAUACAGAGUCGGUCACAAAGAACUCGUCCAGUUUGCCACCAGCCAAAGUACAGGACAAGGGUGGAAGUACUCUCAAUGGGCAACGUGUCAAGGCCAAUGAGGUCAGUAAUUUCUCUAUAUCUGAUUGGAGGAAACGGCCAAGGAAACGGCGUAGAUUUAGCGGGUUGGGUAAAAGGGUCUUGAGGUCUUCAGCAGCUGAUUUUGAAGAGGAAGAAACCGAGAAGAAGGGACAUUUGGAUUCAAGUAAAGUCUACUCAUUGAAAAAGUGGAAGGAAAGGACAGAUUUAGUUCAACUUAACGCAUGGAAAAAUAAGGUUCGUCCAUUGAAAAUGCAGAGGGAACUGAUGAAUUUGACCCUAGAUCCCCCAUUGAAAAAGAAGGAAAGAAUGGAUGUAACCCAGGUUCACCCAAUGAAAAUGCAGAGGGAAGUGAUGAAUUUGAUCCAAGAUCUGCCUUUGAAAAAGAAGAAGGAAAGCAAGGAUUCAAUUCACUUUUACCCACUCAAAAGUAAGGAAAGUAUGGAUAAAAUUCACGACGGCCACCCAUUGAAAAAGAAGACAGAGCAGUGGGACUUGAAGGCGAUCAUCUCCGAAUGCGGUAGAAUCUUUGUCCCUCAUGGUUCAGAAGUUAUCGCCAAGGAUAUAGAAUCUUUGAAAGUUAUGGGGAAAGUGAUAGAUCACAAACAAUGUGCUGACGAGAUGAUGGUUGAAGCUUGUAUCGAAGUCCCCCAACCCAUACAAACAGGAGAUGAACCUGGCCUAGAGUUGAUAAAGUCAGAUGAGAACAAAGAUUCACACAUAUUGAGUGCAGACGGUAAAGACCAUCCACCAGAGGUCAAAAUGGUUGAUGUCGACAAGAUGGCCUCUCAGAACCCCUCAGAACUGGUCCAGAUCAAAGACAUGGAUUUUCCUUCCUUAGAAAAACACAAAAAGAAGCGUAAAUUUGUUGCAAUAUCCCUCAGUAAACUAAAGACUGUUUUUUCAAGAGGGGGAAAGAGGAAAACACCUCUCAAUCCUGUUUCAGAAGAUCAAACGUUACCAUUGGACAAGAAAAGCAAGGCCGAUACUGGCAUGGAUGAAAUGGAAAGUGUUCAUUUGAGUAAUUCCAGCAAAGAUAGCCCAGACAGAACCACAGGUGCUGCUGAAGUUGCAAAGGAACAGACAUUUGGCCUAGACCCAAAGUUUGCACUAGCAUUAGGCUUGACUCCUAGGGAGCAAAAUGAUGCACACAAAUCUCCAGAAAAAAGUGAUAUUCCAUUGAAGAAAGACAUUCAGAGCAGACUGGACCUGGUCACACCUCAAGACAUAUCUGACCAAAUGUCUGAGGCUUUGCCUAGCUCCCCUUUAGCAACAAUCACCGUGACGGGGCGGGGGGGACUCGAAAAGAAACGCAAGCCUGCAGACUCCAUAAGGAAAAAAUGGUGGUUACACUAUCACACACCAGCUUCUUUUGAAAAUGAGAAAGUAGCACAACCUAUAUCCUCCCAACUACUGACACUUGACCCUGAUGUCAGGCGUGUUGUCAGUAGGGGUAGGCCCCGCACAGUGAAGAAAGAUGCCAGUGAUGCAUCAUGCCCACCAGCAGAUGCUCUGACCCUAUUGGCCGAUUUGGCCCUCAGUACCAGUAAUGACAAAGUACUGGCACAGCAGCCAGACCACCUGGCUCUUCAGCAACAAGAAUGCUGUCCAGGUUUGGUGAUAAGUGACAACAGUGUCAAAGAUGGUGGCUCUCCUCAUGAGCCAGAUGGUGAGCCAGAGUCUGUCCUUCAUGCUCUGCUGAAGCACCCUUCUGCUGCUAGGCUUAAACUUCCCCCUCAGUCUCCGUCACCCAAGGGGCUGGUGGUGGGGAGUGGGGAGCGGGUUGUGUUAGUCUCACAAGAGCAUUCUUACUCACUGCCGCCAUCCUCUCUACUAUUGGGUUUGUCAGGUUCAAUCCUCCAAGUCCCCAUUUCGGAGGGACUUCAGCCGCAUCACAAGGAUAUGGUCUAUGGUGACGGAACUCAAGCACUACGGGCCUUCCGGUGUCAGGAGCAGGACCAGAACAGGAAGGAACUCGGGGAGGAACCCGGAAUGGCUCCAGAAUCCAUGAGCAAAGGAAUCGGGCGCAGGCAGAAGUUCCGUCGCUUACGGCAGUUCAUCGAAAAAGACGGCUCAGUUCAAGUGACAAGGCUGUGGAAGGAAAACUAUGACUUUAAUUCAGACAGCAAGUUUACCAACAACCCAAUGGAUAUAACAGUUAUUAGAGCCCUACAUGGCCCAUGGGAUUUCAACAUUGAGGACACAAACGAACAGGUUCAGCUCAUCAUCCACAUGUGGAUAGGUCUUUUCUACAGCAGGUCCACUGCUAGGUUCUUCCAGGCAGACCCAAGUCUUCCAUGUUUGGAAGAAAAAUAUUCUACAGAAGUGGAUCAUGGAAUGGUACAAACCCAGGUUCCAUCUGAGACCAAGACAAGUUCCCCUGCUUAUAUUGCCCCUUCCAGGAUACCAGAACCUGAAGUUCUGGACCUUAGUAACGCGGGUGAAAAAGAAGCACAACCAUUAAGCUUGGAACCUGAGGUAUUAGACCUUUCAAUGAAAACAGCCUCGGCUGUGUUAGAUGUCACUGUAGACACAAAGGAUUCCCCUGAGUCCAAGCAAAGAACAGAUUUUAAAAAUCCUCCAGUAUACCAACCAGAAAGUGGACUCCACAAGGAAACCAUCUCUUUUCACAAACAAAGUACAGGUCUUGAGUUAAAGGUUUACAGAGACCGUGUCGACAGCAUGAUGUCAGACAACGCGAGUGAACUUGAUGAUGAUGAAACGAACAACCAUGAGAUUGACAGCAAUGGUGCCCUCCAAAAUGAUGUGUCCCCUAACAGAAGAACUUUGGAAAGUGAUGGAUCGUACAUUCUCUUGUGUGAACAGACAGCAAGUGUGUACAUUAAUCAAGAAAAGGUCCUGGAGACUCAAAGAACUGCCCAGGGUUUGGAGGGCAAAGCCGAAAAGGAAAUCCAAAAGGAGGAGAGGAGCCAUGAUGGAGAACAAAACAUAGCAAGUCUUAAAACCAUGGAAUCUAAAGAUGUUGAUAAGGCACAACGAGUUAAAGAUAACGAUUCAGUCAAAACAAUGUCAUGCACAGAGGUGCUGGGGGAUGGUGACGUUACCAAUAUGGCUGACAGAGUUGAGCGUAAUGCAAGUGAACCCAGAGAUGGGUCUUACGUUGCCAUCUGUGAUGGCAGUGAGUCCAAAAAGGAGACGCACAAAGCAUAUCAUAGGGUGAAGGAUUCUGUUGAAGCAGCAAAACCAGAGGCAGUGCAUGUUGGGAAAGACACCACAAACAAGGAAAUCGAUGCACAACCUGCUGGGAAUGUUGGGAAUGAUUCCAUUGACAAGGCACUCAAAGCAAUGCAUGAUGAAAAGAUUCCCAAAGAUGUGUCACGGGAUGAUGGGAACUCCAAAAAUGAGGUGCAAACUGCAUUGCAGGAAGGGAAUGAUACUAGAGAUGAGGCACUAUCAGCGGUGAAUUAUGAAAAAGAUUCAGGAGAUAGAGCAGCACCUGCAGUGUGUGAUGGGAAUAAUUCUGUGGCUGAGACGCCACCAGAGAUAUCACAUAAUGAAAAUGAUUCCCAUAAAGAAACACCGUCAGUGGCGCAUGAUGGAAAUGAUUCGAGAACUACGACACUACCUGUGAAAUUGUAUAGCAAGCUGUAUAUAGACAAAGAACCCAUUGCAGUGCAUGAUAGAAAUGCUUCCACCGAUGAGGUACUACCAAUGGAGCAGGUUGGGGAUGUUUCUGUUGGCACUACUAGAGUACUGCCAGAGAUGCAGGGUGAGAUUCAAUCUAAAGAUGAGGUACUGACCACGAGAGUAUUUCCAGUAUGUGAUGGGAACACGCCUUGUGUAGGUGAGUUCGACACACCCAUUCAGUCCAAGGAUGUUUCUGGAGAGGCUAAAACAGUAGUUAAGACUGAUUUCAAUGGGAUUAGGGAUUCUAAGGAUCAGAAACAGAUAUCAAUGCCGGGUCAGAGUAAAUCUGAUAUUGACACACAAGGGCCCCAACAUUCUCAAGACGAGACAUCAGAAAUACUGACAGGCCAGGUAGAAAUACCACUGAUUCAAGUAGGAUUUCCCAGGGAAGAUAUCACACACAAAGAUGUUCUACAUUCACACAGUCAGACAUCAGAGACAGUGCGUGCUCAGAUUGAAAUACCAUUUAUUGGAGUAGAAUUACCAUUCAUUGAAGUAGAGAAGGAUAGCAAGGAAAUCAUGCACACAGAGUUGCACGACACUCACUCAUGUCAGAAAGAGACACCAAUCUCUUCAGUGUGUCAUAGGGAUCAUUUGUUUUCAGAUGAAAUGCUUACAAUAGUUUCAAAGGGAACUGAAUCUGUCAGUAGAUGCCCAACCCCUACCGUGGACGAUGUGCCGUAUGGUUACAUCCCGAUUCCUGACAUCUACAGUGGCUCCUUGGCUAUCUGCGAUACCGGUGGGGUCAGCAAACCCCUCAGCACCAGGGAAGGUCACAGCAGAUGCCCAACGCCUACACAAGAUGAGCCACCUUUCGUUACAGAAUUGUCUUAUGACCAUCACACACCGAAGACUGUUUUGUUGCCCGAUUCGAAAGACACCAACAUGCCCAACCUCAACAGUGGUCUUGCUCUUAUUGAAAAGGAAAAGGCUCAUGGUGAACCACAUGAACCAAGUGUUAGUAGCAGCUCUAGCUCUGUAGAGAAUAUGUUGCAUAAAUCCAGCAACAACAAUAACAAACCAAAUCAUCUGGAAGCCAUUGGUAAUCAGUUGUCUCAAGUAUGGACUGAACCCCGCAAGAAGCCAAUCGCCACUAGCACACCUCUCAACACUCCCUAUACUUCUUCAAAGGAAAAAAACGAUUACAAUCCUUACUCAAAUAUGCAAUUUACCCCUGCUGAACAAGACCUGUAUGCUCUUUCAAGUCACGAUUCACUGCAUAGGAUCCCUGACUCCUCUCCCAAAACCCAUAGCACCUUAACAGAGAAAGCAGCAUUCUCUGUGCCAUCAAUCCACCUUGAAGUCCUGUCCAAUGAAUCAACAGAAAGAACAUUAACUCGGGACUUGAGUGAAAUCGCUUUGGAAGGAGACACUAACUUGUGUCCUGACUCAGAGAUUAUCAUACAGUCCAUCCGUCAGAGUAUCCCAGGAGUAAGUGGACCUACAGCAGCUUCUCAGAACCUUUCAGUGCACAACUUUACUGACCUCCAUCCAUACAGCCAACAACCUGCCAUGGCUGUGAAUCUCUCGAAGAGUGAAGACAGCAGAGGAGAGUACAGCUGGAAAGAAGGACAAACGGAUAUUGACCCUAUGUCUUCAGAUGUUCUCAAAAGCAAACAAACCGAUGCCCCUGUCCACUCAAACACUAAUGCUCACCCGUAUAACACACCAUAUGUCACUGAGAUGAGGAGACAGAUUGCAAGUUUGCAAGAUUAUGAGGAUGUUAUGGAUGAAAGUGAGGGGCCUGCUGUAGAUCAAGACAACAUUGAAUCUAGUCUAGAGACAAAUUGGGUAUCAGAUGACAAACACGCAAGUAGUACAUCCCGGGUGAAUAAAACAAAACUUGACUUCAUCAAUUCUUUACGCCAGUAUCAGCAAUGGGAGAAAAGGGAAUUUGAUGACGUUUUGGACUUCAGCAAGCAAGGCACUUCCAAUUCGGUCACCUUCCAGUCUGAAGAAUCAGACAAAAUAUUUACCUGUAUGGAAGAGAACAAACAGGACUGGUUAAAGUAUUGUAGGCCAGAAAGGAGUGGGAACACCUCCAAAAGCCACGAGGAAGUCUCCUCAGUUGCAAAGCCAUGCCUAGUUACAGUUUUGGAUCACAAAGGAAACAGAAUCACCUAUGAAAACGGUCCCGUUCUGAAACCGUCAACAAGCAUGCACACAUGGACAGUUCCAAACUCAAACAGACAGGGCUCGAGCAGUUUUCUGGAGUUCUCCAAGAGGUGGGAUGAUACACAUAACGCUGAUGAAUCUGACCUCACUCAGUCUUCUAUGGAUCUGGAGACCCUUAUCUUCUCAGAGAGAAUGAACCAGAUGCUAAAACGUAAAAGGAAGAGCAGCAGCAGCAGGUACAACCAAUCAAGACACCACAGGUCAAAUGUAGAAGAAAGAGCUUCCUCCUGUAGCCCGGCUGUGACAGUGCACUUUUCCAGCCUGCAGGAACAGGAAAGCUCGGAAGACCACUGGGAAGGACUACCUUCAUUCGCAGGGCAGAAGUUGAAAGUAGAUAUGCCUGAAAGGACAGCUUUGCCUGAAGAAACAGACAGAGAUAUGCCACAGCAUCUUCAAAAACUCUCCUAUACAAAGGGCAGUGAGAUGACGCAUGUCAACGUUUCAGAUCUGGUUGCGGAAAGUUUCAAGGCAUACCAUGCCAUGAUGACUGCGGUCUGUGCAGGCAGAAAGUACCCACACAGAACUGAGAGACUCAAGAGGGAAGAAGCAAAGAGAAAUAGUUCGCCAAAGUCUCGAGCCCCAAGCAAAGACAAAGACUUCUGUGGGCAGAUGAAGAAGGACAUGUAUGACAACCUGCAUGAUAAUCUGAACUCUGUUGUGAAACAGUCAUGUAAGAACAAGUUCAGGUUCUACAUAUUGGUGACAUCAGAUGACCCAUUCUUCAAAGAGACAAAGGAGCUGUUAGAAGCAGAAGGCCACAUAGCGGUACAACAGUCUCAAUUCUGCCUUGGAAAGGAUAGUUCCUCGUCCCCUCUAUACAUUAUCUUGAGGAAUGAAGAUAUUGCUGAACACAUUUGUGAGGUCCCUCACUUGCUCGAAUUGAAGAAGGCUCAGAAUGUGUUGUUUGCUGGUAUUGAUCGUCCUGAUGACAUUGUGAACCUGACCCACCAAGAACUCUUCAGCAAAGGCGGUUUUGUGGUGUUUGAGGGAGCAGCACUGGACACACUGAGUCUCAGCAACAUUAAGAAAAUGUCUGUUUUCCUGGAGGGGCUGAGUAAAAAGGGGAAGUGGAAAUGGCUCUUGCACUACAGAGACAGCCGGAUGCUGAAAGAGAACGCACGGUCUAGUGCUGAGGCACAGGGUAAAAAGAGCUUCAUGGACGUCUGCCAGGAGGCUGGAAUGGUGGAGGUCUUACCCUACCAUGAAUGUGACGUCAUUUCAAGGGCACGACCCAACUACCUCCACUGUCUAGUCCGCCUGCAGGUCCAGAAUGUAUCAGCUCGUCUACCUGUAUUUAUAACUGACACAACGGCAGACAAAGCGUUUGCAAAACAUGGGAUAUUCACAAUGAAUAUUAACUCCUUCCUGCUGAUUUCUCAGAGUGACACUUGCACUAUUUCUUAAGCUGAUGGGGAAGCCUUCGACAGAAGUCUUCAAUACAUCAAAUUCAAAUCACAUUUGAUUUAUAAAGCCCUUUUUAUACUGAACAAAAAUAUAAACGCAACAAUUUCAAAGAUUUUGCUGAGUUACAGUUCAUAUAAGGAAAUCAUUAGGCCCUAAUCUAUUAUGGAUUUCACGACUGGGCAGGGGUGUAGCCAUGGGUGGUGGGUGGGCCCACACCCACGCCACCCACUUAGUAGCCAGGCCCAGCCAAUCAGAAUGAGUUUUCCCCCACAAAAUGAAUUUAUUACAGAAAUUCAGUGUACAUGUAUUUUUUUUAUUGAACCUUUAUUUAACUAGGCAAGUCAGUUAAGAACAAAUUCUUAUUUACAAUGACGGC